AUGGUACGAAAACGACAUCGCCCAAGUCGCAAGCGCAAGGAACUCAAGCCCUUCCGCUUUGACUCGCUGCCAGGAGAGAUCCGCCUCGAGGUCUACAAUCACUGCUUCGUCUUCCCCAUCUUGAAUACGAACGUGCACGACGGAGAUAUGAACAAGGAGGACAAAAUAUUAUUCCGCAGCAGGAGAGAGCCAUCGAAGUGUUGUGAAAAAUCCGGCGCGGAUCAAGGCGACCUCGAGCCCGGAAAACAUGAGAAAUCAUACCACUCGGGCGUAUAG